ACAUUUAGCUUUUUUGCAGCCAACCGGCAGCAUCACUGAAUUGCGUCGGUGGCUCUCGCGCGCUUUCCAACACUUUCGCGGUAGACGCCAUGUCCAUGUCUGUGUUUGUGUAUGCGGCAGGAAAAAUUUAGUUGCAAAAUAUUAACAAGAAGUCCUGCAGAGAAUCCGUGAAUUAAAAACCCCAAGAGAGCUGACGCACCCAACAUGGCGCUGCAGACGUACGGGGACAAGCCGGUGGCUUUCCAGCUGGAGGAGGGCGGCGAGUACUACUACGUGGGCUCCGAAGUGGGCAACUACAUGCGCCACUUCCGCGGCAUUCUGUACAAAAAGUACCCGGGCAUGACCCGCAUAGUCCUUUCCAACGAGGAGCGCAAGCGGCUGGCCGAGUCCGGUCUCAGCUCCCACAUCCUGGCCAGUUCCGUCUCGCUGCUCCGCGCGGUUGAGGUGGACGACAUAAUGGCCGGCAACGAUGAAAAGUACCGUGCCGUCUCCGUGAACACCUCCGAUACGCCAGUGCCGCGUGAGAGCAAGUCCAAGAAGCAGCCGCAGUAUGUGCCCACCAUGCCCAACUCUAGCCACUUGGACGCAGUGCCGCAGGCCACGCCCAUUAACCGCAACCGAGUGCACACGAAGAAGGUGCGCACAUUCCCCAUGUGUUUCGAUGACACAGACCCCACUGCCAGCCUGGAAAAUGCGGCGCAGAAGGAGUGCCUGGUGCCCAUUCGACUGGACAUGGAGUUGGAGGGACAGAAGUUGCGCGACACCUUCACGUGGAACAAGAACGAGAGCAUGAUCACGCCGGAGCAGUUUGCGGAGGUGCUCUGCGACGACCUGGACCUAAAUCCCCUGCCCUUUGUGCCGGCCAUCGCGCAGGCUAUCCGGCAGCAGAUAGAGGCCUUCCCGAACGAUCCCCCCAUCCUCGAGGAGAGCUGCGACCAGCGGGUGAUCGUUAAGCUGAACAUUCACGUGGGCAACACCUCGCUCGUCGACCAGGUCGAGUGGGACAUGUCCGAGAAGAACAACAAUCCGGAGGAGUUUGCCAUAAAGCUCUGUGCGGAACUGGGAUUGGGUGGAGAGUUUGUCACGGCCAUCGCCUACAGCAUUCGGGGCCAGUUAUCCUGGCACUGUCGCACGUAUGCCUUCAGCGAGGCACCGCUGUCAACGAUUGACGUGCCCUUCCGGAAUCCCAGCGACGCCGACGCGUGGGCCCCAUUCCUUGAGACGCUCACCGAUGCAGAGAUGGAGAAGAAGAUCCGCGACCAGGAUCGAAACACGCGACGAAUGCGGCGACUGGCCAACACCACAACUGGCUGGUGAUCUUCCGGCGAUCCAGCAAUAUGUCACUAAAGUAAUCCUCCUAAUAAGUACCAUUAUUCAUCUCAAAUACACGUGUGUCUGUCGAUUUUAAA